GGCGGGCCCGCGCUGCCGGGGCCGCCCUCCGCCGUCAUCGCGCCGCGCCGGCGGGGCCGGGCCGGGCCGGGCAUGGCUGCGGGGGCGGCGGGGCCGGGCGGCGCCGAGCGCUACUUCACACGCUGGUACAAGCCAGACGUGAAGGGGCGGCCGUGCGAGGACUUCUGCGUGCUGCAGCACUCCAACAGAAUCUGUGUCAUCACCUUGGCAGAAGCCCACCCUCUUCUUCAAAGUGGGAAAACAAUUAAAAACAUUAAUUACCAAAUCAGUGCAAACUGUAGCAGACUUCAGAAUAAGGUGUCUGGGAAGUCAAAAAGGGGAGCUCAGUUUCUAACAGAACUUGCCCCUCUGUGCAGGAUAUCUUCAUCAGAUGGAGAGGAAUACACCAUUUACAGUUGCAUACGAGGGCGGCUGAUUGAAGUGAAUGAGAACAUCCUUAGUAAUCCUGCUCUUCUGCAAGAAAAGCCAUCAACUGAGGGGUACAUCGCAGUGGUUCUACCCAAAUUUGAAGAAAGCAAGAGCAUAACUCAGGGACUUCUGACACAGAAGGAGUACGAGGAAGUUUUGUUGAAACGCCGCAGCUCUGCUUCAUGAAAUCAAUUCUACACUUCCUGUGUUUGAUACUAAAUAAGUGACUUUUAUUGCAUACACUGUGAGUUUUAUAGUAUUGAAAAGGCCCAGUGCCAGUUUUUAAAAGUGGAACUAAACUCUUUGAUUCAUAAAAGAAUAAACCAGUGCAAAUAGUUUGUAUAUUAAAAUUUCUGUAAAAA